AACCUGUACCGGUGCCACGUUGAGACUAUACUACAGUAGACUCUUUCUUUGAUAUCAGGAUACGGUAGCGAGAGCAAGCAGUGUGUUAAGCACCUAUAGAUUUAGUGUAUAGUCAUGAUUUACUUCGCUUUCUUUGCAUUAGCUGUUAUAGCUAGAAUAUCUGCAGCUGAUGUAGAUGAAGAAGAUGGAGUAUUAGUUCUAACAAAAUCUAAUUUUGAAAGUGUUAUUGCCGACAAUGACUUUGUUUUGGUAGAAUUUUAUGCACCAUGGUGCGGACACUGCAAAGCUCUAGCUCCAGAGUACUCUAAAGCAGCAUUGAAACUUAAAGAAGAGGGUUCCAACAUUAAACUCGGCAAAGUCGAUGCCACAGUAGAGUCUGACCUGGCAGAAAAAUUCCAAGUCCGAGGAUAUCCAACACUCAAGUUUUUUAGAAAUGGAAACCCAUCUGAGUAUGCAGGUGGGCGUCAGUCUGCUGAUAUCAUCAACUGGCUGAAGAAAAAGACUGGUCCCCCUGCCACUGAACUUAAAGGUACUGACGCUGCUAGUGCUUUCAAAGAGAAACAAGAUGUUGUUGUUAUUGGAUUCUUCAAGGAUCAAGAGUCUGAUGGUGCCAAAGAAUUCCUGAAAGUGGCCAGUGCUUUGGAUGAUAUUCCCUUUGGUAUCACGUCUGACAGUGAAGUGUUUGCUGAUAACAAAGUAGACAGUGAUGGCGUUGUUCUCUUCAAGAAGUUUGAUGAAGGCAGAAAUGAUUUCGAAGGUGAAUUGAAAGAUGAUGCCAUCCGCUCCUUCAUUGCUGGAAACAGACUGCCAUUAGUCAUUGAGUUCACACAGGAGUCUGCUCAGAAAAUCUUUGGAGGUGAGAUCAAGAAUCAUAUCCUUUUGUUUUUGAAAAAAGAAGGAAGUGAAGAUGUUAUUAAUGGAUUCGGUCAGGCCGCUAAAGAUUUCAAGGGAAAGAUUCUUUUCAUCUAUUUGGACACCGCCAAUGAGGACAACGGUCGUAUCAUGGAAUUCUUUGGCUUGAAAGAAUCUGAAGUACCAGCUUUGCGUUUGAUUACAUUGGCCGAGGACAUGACCAAAUUUAGGCCAACCGAAGCUGGAGUGGAUGAGAACACCGUUAGGAAGUUUGCCCAGGACUUCCUUGAUGGCAAGUUGAAGCCACAUUUGAUGUCAGAGGAGAUUGCCGAUGAUUGGGACAAAAAGCCUGUCAAAGUUUUGGUUGGUAAAAACUUCAAGGAAGUUGCCUUCAACAAAGAUAAAGCCGUUUUUGUCGAAUUUUAUGCACCAUGGUGUGGUCACUGCAAACAGUUGGCACCCAUCUGGGAUGAGCUUGGUGAAGCUUACAAAGAUAAUGAUAAAAUUGUCAUCGCUAAGAUGGAUGCCACAGCUAAUGAAGUAGAAGACGUCAAGAUUCAGAGUUUCCCCACCUUGAAAUAUUUCCCUGCUGGCAGUGAUAAGAUUGUUGAAUACAAUGGGGAAAGAACUCUAGCAGGAUUUAAAAAGUUCUUGGACAGUGAUGGACAAGACGGAGCUUCAGCUGGAGCAGCAGAAGAGGAAGAUGAGGAGGAAGAGGAGGAUGCUGAAGAUGGUGACCAGGCCAGAGAUGAGUUGUAAACAUAAACUUUACCGCCUAACAUUUUCAUAACCCACCUUGCUAGAAGUACAAUCAUAGAGGCAAGACCAGCAAGAUCAUUUGAAUUCAAAGUUUUUAAAAUAUUUCUAGGAGUUUCAUUGAAAUUUACAUUGAGCAAAAAAUGAAACAAAGCAAAAUAAGAAAAAAAAAUUAUAUGUAAAAAUUUGAAGAGAGGUGUCCAUAACUCUCAUUCAAUAUGUUGUGCGUGCAAGAAGAGUUGUCAGCUCUUGAUUGUGAGUGAGUGAGUUACUUUUCACAAUGACUAUACUAUGCUGUUGUAAACCAGUCACUUGUUUGAGACACUAUAGGAUAUAUGUGUAUAAUUGAUUGAUCCAGGGAUCACCCCCGCCCCCACCCCUCCCCCAUUACCUAGUUCCCAUGGUGACUGCCUGUGUGUGCUUGCUAGAUUCACGAAUGAACUCUUGACCAGAUGAGACUUUUUGAAGUAUUUUUUUUUUUUUAAAGACUUUAAAAUCAAAUGACUGUCUUCCUGUCAUCCAAGUCCCAAUAACUUAAUUUUUAUCUUAGAAUUUGGCUGUAUUUUCUAAUGUAGCAUUCCGCCCUGUGGGCCAAUGGUUGAUGUUAGUUUCUUGUCACCACUAUUCUGGUGCUUGCCAAAUGUCUAGUCGCAAUAGAAUUAGGUGAAGAUAAGUUGUUACAGACAUUUUUUUUUUUUUAAUCAAAUGUUGAGCGAAUGUUUUUCUGUGAUUUUAUUUCCUUUUGAUAUUUUACAUCUAUAUAUUUUUUUUUUAAUGGGUUUUGGGUUUUCUUAAUAAAGCAAGGCUGUCAAGAAAUAGUUUGUGCACUAGGAAUGUUUAUUUUCUCUGGGAAGUAUUGAAAGUGUUGUGAUUGACUGUUAGUGACUAAGUCUAAACAAUUAAAUAUAAAUUAUUCUAA